UGUGCCUUCCGACAAAGUGUCUUGAGAGUCCCUCAUUCCCCUCAGAUCUUGUCGCCACAAACAGUUUCUUCGCCACUGCUUAGAGCGAUAUAUAUAUCAUAUACUAUCAGACACAGAACAUAGGUGUUUGCUCUUUUUCGACUUGAGAAGACCGAAUCGCCCGACAUCGACUCGAAAUGGCUCCGUCAAUUAAGAUGUCCCUCCCCAAUGCUCGUCCAUAUACGUACAACUUUCCAGUCGAACGGACGGCACUCGUCAUUAUUGACAUGCAGCGAGAUUUUGUGGAUCCUAACGGAUUUGGCUCCAUUCAAUGUGGCAAUCCCGAAAUCUUCUCGGUAGUCCGCACCAUCGUGCCAACCAUUCAAAAAGUCCUGGAAGUGUGCCGAUCAACUGGCAUUCAGGUCAUCCAUACUCGAGAAGGCCACAGACCGGAUCUUUCUGACCUGCCUUCUUCCAAGAAAAUGAGACAAGUGGGCAAUCCAAAUGGUCACCACACGAUGGGAAUUGGAGAUCAAGGACCGAUGGGAAGACUCCUAGUCCGAGGUGAAUGGGGCCACGAUAUCAUUGACGAGCUGAGACAAUUGCCUGGAGAGCCAGUAAUCGACAAGCCUGGAAAGGGUAGCUAUUGGGGAACGGGACUUCACAGGACGUUGCUUGCAAGAGGCAUAACUCAUUUGCUAUUCUCUGGUGUUACCACUGAAUGUUGCGUCACUACAACUGUCCGUGAAUGUCAUGACCGUGGAUUCGAGUGUUGUAUUUUGUCAGACUGUACAGGAGGAUUUGAUGCACAGCAGGUCACCACAUCCCUAGAUACCAUUUGCGGCCAAGAUGGCCUUUUUGGGUUUGUCGGUCACAGCUCCGAUUUCUUCGCUGCUGUAUCAAAAUCAAGAGAGAUGACACCUCCGUCUACCCCGCCUGCGACAGAAGAUGCUUUAUUGCCAAUUCCUCAACUCCAACAAAGAUACAAGAGCGGGCUCCUAAACCCAGAAGAGGUAGUCAAAUCUGUUUUUAAUCGAAUCGAGAGGUAUGAGAAGAUCGAUCCCGCUGUAUGGAUAUCGAAGCAAUCUCGAGAAGAAGUUCUCACUGCUGCGAAGUCCUUGACGGAGAGGUUUUCUGAGAAACCUAUGCCCCCACUUUACGGUGUUCCGUUCGCCCUGAAAGACAACAUCGAUAUCGAAGGCGUCGUCACAACAGCAACAUGCGAGACUUUUGCCUAUUCUGCCAAAUCUACAGCGCCCGCUGUUCAAUUACUCCUCGAUGCAGGUGCACUGUAUAUCGGCAAGCUCAAUAUGGAUCAACUUGCGACUGGUCUGUCUGGCUGUCGGUCACCAUAUGGCACACCACAUAGCGUGUACUCUAGCGAAUACAUCUCAGGCGGAUCAUCGUCUGGAUCUGCCGUCGCGGUUGCUGCUGGCCUGGUCUCCUUUACUCUUGGCACCGACACGGCAGGAAGUGGUCGUGUCCCAGCAGCGUUCAACGGCAUCGUCGGGUACAAGCCAACGAAAGGCACCAUUUCCGCACGCGGAGUAGUCCCAGCUUGCAAGAGUCUCGAUACUCUUUCAAUCAUGGCACCAACACUUGCGGAAGCUCGCAAAGUCUGGUUUGUAAUUAAUCAUUAUGAUGAUUUGGAUCCGUUUGCCAAGAAGCCUCUUGGCCUAUCUUUAUGGAAACAAGAGUUUCGUGGCUACAAAGAAGGCGGGUUUACUUUCGGUGUUCCUCCUCAAUCGGUUCUCGAGACAUGCUCUAAGGAGUACCAAGAGCUUUACGAGACCUCUGUUCAGAAACUGCGCUCAUGUGGUGGCCGUCUCGUUGAGAUCGAUUACACACCCUUCGAAAAAGCAGCGGAUCUUUUAUACGAUGCGUCACUCGUCCACGAACGAAUCGCUAGUAUCGGACACGAUUUCCUGAUGUCACAUCUCGACUCUCUUCAUCCAACCACCAAGGCUCUGUUUGAAGCUGCUCUUUCAUCGCCACUCAGACCUUGGAAUGUCUACCAUGAUCAAGCGCUGCAAGCUGAGUAUACCAGGCAAGCGCAGAGGACAUUCGAUACCCUCGAAGGUGGAGUGGAUGUUCUGCUCGUCCCCAGUACGCCUUGCCAUCCGACGAUCAAGGAGAUGGAAGAAGAGCCACUGAAACUGAAUGCCAAGGUUGGAACCUUUACACAUGCGGGUAAUGUGGUGGAUCUUUGUGGUGUAAGCGUAAAUGCUGGAUUCUUCGAGAAGGGUGGAGUAAAGCUUCCCUUUGGUGUGACGUUUCUGAGCGGAAGUGGAUACGAUGGGAAGAUCUUGGAUAUUGCAGCAGUCUUUGAGGAAGCUGUAAAGGGCGAGAGGAAGUCUUGAGCUCGCUUGGCAUUUUGGAUGGGAUUUUUGGGAGGAACGACAUCAUUCAUGAUUCAUGA